GUCUUCGCAGGCAAUUGAGCUUCCAGGAGGAGCCCAGAACCUGUGAGCUCCGGUAUCCCAAGUCCUUCUGCCUGGACAUCUGCUGGUGACAUUUCUUCCUCCUGCUGCCUCGGGUGGAAGCCCCACCUAGCAGCAGUGCAGCUGGUCUGCCCUCCCUCCUGCAGAGCUCAGCAUGCAUCCCCCAGGCUUCAGGAACUUCUUGUUGCUGGUGUCCUCCCUUCUCUUCAUUGGGCUGUCAGCUGCUCCUCAAAGCUUCUUACCAUCUCUGAGAAGCCUGUCGGGCGCCCCCUGCAGGCUGUCCCGGGCAGAGUCCGAGCGCAGAUGUCGUGCACCUGGGCAGCCCCCAGGGAGCGCUCUGUGCCAUGACCGUGGCCGGUGCGAGUGUGGGGUCUGCAUCUGUCACGUGACCGAGCCUGGCACCUACUUCGGUCCACUGUGUGAGUGCCAUGAGUGGGUAUGCGAGACCUACGACGGGAAAACCUGUGCAGGCCACGGUAAUUGUGACUGCGGCAAGUGCAAGUGUGAUGUGGGAUGGUUUGGGGAAGCUUGCCAGUACCCAACCAAGUGUGACCUGACCAAAAAAAUCAGCAACCAGAUGUGCAAGAACUCCCAAGAUGUCAUCUGCUCCAAUGCAGGUACAUGUCACUGUGGCAGGUGUAAGUGUGAUAAUUCAGAUGGACAUGGACUCAUUUAUGGUAAAUUUUGUGAGUGUGAUGAUAGAGAAUGCAUAGAUGAUGAAACAGAAGAAGUAUGUGGAGGCCAUGGGAAGUGUUACUGUGGAAACUGUUACUGCGAGGCUGGUUGGCAUGGAGAUAAAUGCGAGUUCCAGUGUGACAUCACCCCCUGGGAAAGCAAGCGAAGAUGCACAUCUCCAGAUGGCAAAGUCUGUAGCAACAGAGGAACAUGUGUAUGUGGUGAAUGUUCUUGCCAUGAUGUUGAUCCAACUGGGGACUGGGGAGACAUUCAUGGGGACACGUGUGAGUGUGAUGAAAGGGACUGCAGAGCUGUUUAUGAUCGAUACUCUGAUGAUUUCUGUUCAGGUCAUGGGCAGUGUAACUGUGGAAGAUGUGACUGCAGAGCAGGCUGGUAUGGGAAGAAAUGUGAGCACCCAAGGAAUUGCCCAUUGUCAGCUGAGGAGAGCGCCAAGAAGUGCCAGGGUAGUUCUGAUCUUCCUUGCUCUGGAAGGGGCAAAUGCGAAUGUGGCAGAUGCACUUGUUACCCUCCUGGGGACAGCAGAGUCUAUGGCAAGACCUGUGAAUGUGAUGACCGGCGCUGUGAAGACCUGGAUGGUGUGGUCUGCGGAGGCCAUGGCAUGUGCUCCUGUGGUCGUUGUGUUUGUGAGAAAGGAUGGUUUGGUAAGCUCUGCCAACACCUGCGGAAGUGUAAUAUGACAGAAGAACAAAGCAGGAGUCUGUGUGAGUCAGCAGAUGGCACAUUGUGCUCAGGGAAGGGUUCUUGUCAUUGUGGAAAGUGCAUUUGUUCUGGAGAAGAGUGGUAUAUUUCAGGGGAGUUUUGUGACUGUGAUGACAGAGACUGUGACAAACACGACGGUCUCAUUUGCACAGGGAAUGGAAUCUGUAGCUGUGGAAACUGUGAAUGCUGGGAUGGAUGGAAUGGAAAUGCAUGUGAAAUCUGGCUUGGUACCGAAUAUCCUUAAUGAUCCCAUGGGAGACAACUGGAUUCUUAUUUCUAGGCCAUUUUAGAAAUUCAGAAGAAAGCAUGUUACACAGCAAUAGGACAGAUUUUUGUGUGUUUUUCUAUUUCUGACUGCCCAAGUGAAGCAUUGGUCUUUAAUACAAAUGACUUUAGUAAAUGGAUAUAAGUUACACCAUAAAGAAUUGUUCUCCCACAAUUAACAUCAGUGUUUCACAAAUGAAGAGGGCAAUUUUGCAACCCCCAAGAUAUUUGGCAAUGUCUACAGAGAAUUUGGUUGUUAGACUUGGUAGGUAGGAGUAUUUGUGUUAUGGGGAUAUGUCUGUAGUGGCCACAGUCAAUGCUGACCACCCUAAAGAAAAUAGAAAGGCCCUUAUAACAAAGUAAUUUCUGACAUCCAAUGUUUACCAAGAUGUAGUAGAAAAAUGCUAAAUCACAUGGUAUUUAGUAUUCCACAUCCCAACACCAGAAACACUGUAUCAGAAUAUAAGGAUAAUAUUUAUUCUCACAUAAACCAACCAGUCAGAUUUUCCAGGAUUCCAUAUGACUCUGAAUUUGUAUAUGGGAUGAUUAUGACAGACACAUAUGAGGUGUGAUGAUGGGUUGGGGGCUUCCCAGAUCACAAGGGCUUUAAACUCACAAGAUUCUCUUACAGGAAGAAAUGAUAAAUGCACAAUUUGACAUUUUAAUAAAUAAUGACAUAAGUUGUUUA